AUGGCUUUGAAUCUCAACGACUCAAGCAUUCAAUACAAUAAGAAGAAACACCUUGGAGAGCAAUUUAAUUAUAUCCCACAUGAUGUACUACAAAAUUUGGAAUGGUGCCCUACUUUUUCAGAAACCAUGGAGAGAAGUUUGCAAAAAGAUUGGAAUUAUUUGCUUUUUUGUGACACUCAUGAGAAAGAAAAUAUCAAAUUCAAUCAAUUGGGUGAAGGAAUAACACAAAAGAAUGUGUCAAAUAUUCAAAUAAAUCAAGAGAUAAAUAUUGAUACAAGUUUGCCUAAUAUUCAUAGCAUCAAUCAUGAGUAUCUACCAAAGAAAAAUAAGAAGUCUUGUUCUACUACGAAAGGUAAAGAUAAGAGUCUCAAAGCAAAGUGCAUAGAAAAAAAUAAUGAGAAGUUUUGUGCUAUUAAGAAGAGUAAAGAUAAGAGUCUCAAAGUAAAGGGUAUAGAUAAAUAUAGUGAGAGAAUGUGUAGCCAUUGUGAGACUAAAGACACUACUCAAUGGAGGGUUGGUCCUUUGGGGAGAAAUACUUUAUGCAAUGCUUGUGGAUUGAGAUACAAGUCACAUCGAUUGAUGGAAGGGUAUAAACCUAAGGCAAGUUCAAAUUCUGAUGUUGCAAACCAUUCAAAUUUUCACAAGACCUUGUGA